CAUUUCUUAUUAGAUAAAAAUGAAAACGUGCGCGUGUUUUAAUAAAUCACACGUUUACAAAAUAUUAAAAAAUAAACAUUUUCGAAUUAAAAACUAAUAAAAAAUUAAAGUGCAACAUAGUAAAAGUACUUGUUAAUAAAACACCUUUUCAUUUAUGCGUAAAAACAUAGAUUUAUGUAAGAAGGAAACGAUUUGUAACCUAGUCUAGCUGCAAAAAAAAUCUACGCAAUUUGAAAGAAAAGAACAGCUGUGCCUAAUUUACGCCCAGCCGGGGGAGAUUGUAUUUAACAAGAUAUUGAAAUAAAGUUGGAAAGUUUAAGUGAAAUACUUUGUGAAAUUAUAAAAGCUUUUUCUUUGUAAACGCUUUUGAAUUUUGUGAUAAUUGCAAGUUGGUCAUAAUGGCUCUAAACUCCAACAUGUCAGUGUUUAGUGCAAGAACGUCGCGCACUUCUUUAUCUUCGAUUUUGAAGAGGUAUUCACCAUCCGAAAGAGAUAAAACUAAAAAUGCGAUUAUUAAUAAAGUGAGAUUUGAAAUGCCGAAACAAAAAGGUCUAUUAGAAGUGGUUACCGCUGUGGAGGAGAGAAAAAAUUUCGAACUAAUGAACGAAUUUGUUAAUUUUCUAAAUGAAAAUAUGUUGGAGGAUACUGAAUUUCUACGUAUUUUCAAUGAUGCCUACACUGUCAUCAAUCAAUUAAGUCCAAAGUUUUCACCUCUAGUCGAAGCAUUGAUUUCUCAAUUAUGGACGAAAAGAUCGCCGGAAUGUCGCAAAGUCUAUUGCGACUUUUGUUUGGGCAUGGUAGUAGCUCACAAUAAAUAUCUAGAAUUUGGCAUAGAAAAGCUAAUAAAACUAUGGAUACCUACAGAGAAUACCAGUGAUCAGUGGUUUAAUGAUAAACCUAGCCCAGAAAUUCAAGAAGAAUUGCAGGCAAUACAUCAUUUGCUAGAGCGUAUAUUAAAUGCUAUACCCAUGGCUUUUGAUGCAACUCUAACCGCCAUAGAAACAUUAUUUCCCUACUACAAGAGGCCUACAUAUUCGAUUGUCGGUUACGUGCACAAUUUACUCAAACUAUUAGAAUACAAACCAAUGUUUUCCGACUAUGUGAUACAAUUAAUAAUGCAAAAAAUGGUUAUUUUGGAUGUGAAUGCUCCUCGCUCAGCAAUUGAAGAAAUGGAAAGUGAUGACGAGGAUGAAGAUGAGGACGAAGAACCGGAAAUGUUUGAAAUGGAUGAUUGUGAAAAAAAGACCGAUAAAACUAAUGAACCCAUGAAACAUGCCAUUGCCCAUACUUUAGAUAUUUGCAUGCUGAAAUUGUUUGAAUUUAUACAGCAAAAAAGUAGCCAAGCUUUAAGUACAACUGAUAUUGAACGUCAGCAAAAGUUGGCGGAAUCUAUGAAGUUUUUAAAACUUUUAAUAAGAGCCUUUGACGAUGUUAUAUUACCCAUACACAAUACUCAUCAUGUACAAUUUGUAAUAUUUUAUUUUUGUAGUUUAAAACAAAGUUUGGCCGAAACUUUCUUAGCCUCACUGUGGGAUAAAAUAAGGAAUCCGAAUUGUUCGGCUGUUAUACGUCAAACUUCUGUGGGUUAUGUGGCCAGUUUUUUGGCUCGUUCAAAGUUUAUAAGCAUCAACAUUUUAAAACACUACUUAAAAGAAUUAUGCUCUUGGGCUCAUCAAUAUAUACAAGGUUGUGAUCAAUAUCGUUCAAAUGGUUCUCUUAAAGCAAAUAUAGUAUUUUUCUCUGUGUGUCAAGCCAUAUUCUAUGUAAUUGCGUUCAGAUCUAAAGAAUUAACCGGUGAUAAGAAAAGUUUAUUAUUUUUACAAUCGCUACAUUUAUCGGCCAUGGUAACGUGUAAUUUUAAUCCCUUAAGAGUGUGUUUACCAGCUGUGGCCACAGCUUUUGCUGGUGUAACCAGAGCCUACCAAUUGGCCUAUUGCCAUACCAUAUUAGAACGCAAUGCCCGAAGAAAGUUGGCCACUGUAUAUGCCAAUGAUACAGCCACACCCGAAGAAACAUUGGAUACAUUCUUUCCUUUUGAUCCCUAUCUUUUAAAAAUGUCCAGCAAAUUUAUAAACAACAUUUAUUUGGUUUAUCAAGCUAGUGACGUUGACGAACAUUUAACCCCUACACCAGAAAGUAACAACAAAUCACGCAAACGUGGUGAUUCCGAAAUGAUGGAUGAUCAUGAUAUCGAUGAUUUUAUUUUAAGCGAUAAACGUCAAAAAUUAGCCAGUUUAGCCAAAAGUCAAGAGCGAGAGGCCCAGUUUAAUUAUGGUUUAUCGCCUGGUUUUCAUGUAUAAUAAAAAUUGAUUUAGUAAUUGUAUGAACAAAUCAAAACAUUUUUGAAUUCCUAUUUAAUAUUGAACUGUCGUUAUUAAUAUUGCAUCUUCCUGUUUUACAUAAUUUGUAUUGAAAUAUCCAAACAGAUUCUCUUUAGUUUUUAAGAAUACAUAUUUCAAAGAAAUGGAUUUUAUAAUUUGAGAAUUUUUUUAAAUUUUUUUUUUUUAUAAAAAUAAAUAGAAUAGUUAUUAAUCUAUGUAGUGAAAUCAAAAGUAAUGUAUAUAUUAUUUUAAACAAUAAAAAUAUAUUUAAACAUCA